UGCGCAUCCCAUGGUGCCCCGCGGUAGUUUCAAGAUGGCGGCAGGUUGAAGAGCUGUCAGGCCGCGCCAGACUCCUACAGCCUCCAUCAUGACCAGAUCACACCAGAUGGGAAGGUAGCUCCGACCUUUGCCCUGUCUUCCUCUUCGCACAUCUCUGUACCACUGUACCGUCUGUAGGACACCAACAUGGCCGACACCAAGGCUCCGCCAGAGAAGUACGUCUGUACGCUCAGUCCCGAGCUCCAGAAGAAGGCGGAAACCGAACUGAACGAGAAAUCGGCGUGGAGGGACCGCGAUAUCCAAGCUCUGCGGGACAUGAUCAAUGCCCGUCCCGACAUCAACUCCCGCACAGACGACGGCUUCCUGCUACGCUUCCUACGUGCGAGAAAGUUCGACUACGACCGUGCCUUUAAACUGUUAGAAAACUACUACCAAGCUAGGGCCAACACUCCUGAGAUCUUUGAGAAGUUUCUACCAUCAGCAAUAACCCACGUGCUGGACAAGGCUAUUGUCACAGUACUGCCAGGCAGGGACAAGGAAGGGAGGAAGCUAGUCGUCUUCAGGCCAGGAAAGUGGGACCCAGCAGCCUGGCCCAUCUAUGACAAUGCCAGAACCCUCAUUAUGUCCUUGGAGAAAAUCAUUGAGGAUGAAGAGACACAAGUCAAUGGACUUAUGAUGAUCAUGGAAGUGUCCGGCCUUACAGCAAACCACGCCUACCACAUAGGGCCGAGGUACGCCAGCACAAUGACCAACAUCAUUCAGGAGGCCUUCCCAGCUAGAAUUAAGGGCAUGCACUUUGUGAACGAGUCACCAAUUUUCGACGGCAUCUUUGCUGUCCUGCGACCCUUCAUGAAGGAGAAAUUGAAGCAAAGGAUAAGGAUGCACGGUACUGUGUUUGAGACCCUACAUGAGCACACAGGCACGGAGAUCCUCCCCACAGAACUAGGCGGAGAUGCGGGGCCUCUGGAGGAGAUGUCCAAAGAGUGGAAGGAGAAGCUACAGAGCUUUGAAGACACCAUGGUGAUGAGCAACAAGUUUGGCAUGGUGCAGAUGGGCGAGCUAGGUGUAGGCCAAGGCAGGCAGGACAGCUGUAUGAAGCAGUGGCUGAGAUCCUCCUUUUUCUACUGGAAAUGUGGAUGAGUCUGUGCUAUUUCUUACUUUCAUUGUCUUCUUUGGGCCAAUUUACACGAGGCAAAAAAUCCUACGACAGAUUUUUUUUAGCCAUUAUGACAAGUUUGAACUGAAAUGGCCAACACAAAAAAUUGGACUUUCCCAAAUUUUCGACUGUACAACUUUAAGUACAGUCUUUGUCUAAGAACGAUCAAUCCACUGCUUCCGUGACGUCAUGCAGGUAACACACGUGAGGCCUCAAGCAGUGGAUCGUAGGUUGCAUAAAGUCAGUGGGUCAGGGCAUUACAACAGUCCCUCAACAGAGACAGGGGGCGCCACAGACUUUCUGCAACCUAUGAUCCACGGAGUCACGUGUGUUAUCUGCGUGACAUCACGGAAGCGGUGGAUUGCUCAUAAAGACUUCUACAUGCACCAACACAGGUGAACUUCCAAGAUAAGAUUUUAUGUGCGAAAAUCUGUCCCAUGACAUACAGUGCUCUGUGGCGAUCACAGUAGGACAAAUGAUUUUUUUGCCCUGUGGAAACUGGCCCUAACUAUUGCAGUAUCCCGCUGUACCAUAGCUAGGUAUUUUACACACUAAAAUAGCAAGCAUUAAGUUAAGUAUUACCUAUUAUCACUCUGCAAGAUAAAGGAUUUAUAGUGGCUGUCACAUAAUACUGUGUUUUUUUAGCAUUCACACAAUGUGGCAUAAUUAUGUUAUCCAAGUCUGGGCAAGAAUGUUGGAGGAAAAAUUAUUUUCCCUUGAAUGUAUACAAAGAAGGAUGUAAUUUUUGACAAUGAUAGCUCUUGUACGGCUUGUAUGUACAGUUAGUGUCUAGCAUUGAACAAUUCUAAGGACACUAUGCCAAAGAUAUGGGUGAUUCCUGCAACAAGUCAGAACUAGAGACAAAAAAGUGUCCCUACUUUAACAGAAAUCAUCAUAUCUGAAAACUUCUGCACAAAAUGUUGCUUCAGACUCGCAAGCUUUAUAAAAUCAUGGGGUCUGUUUCAUAAUGAAUCAACUGACAAAAAGUUGUAUAAAAAACGACUGUCUCAAGGUUUGUAUCUUUCAGCAAAUAUAAUUCUUUUGACAUUGAAUUAUACAAAAGGUAUACAUGUAUAUAUUAUUUAUUUAUUAUAAAUAUGUCCCAAACUUACGACACUCUUGAUAGAGCCGUCACCCCACCCUAAGAAAGCUUCCACUCACCUCCAUAUAUUCUUACUGGUAGAUUAUUUUAUAUAUUUGUUUUUUUAAUGGGAGUCAAAUUGUGAGAAAAAAUUGUUUCUUACUCAGUUACAAUUAUGAUUGCUCAAAUCAUACUAUCAAAGGGAUCCUGACAAGUUAACAAAAGUCAUGAUUGAGUGCUCUACAAGAAUCACAGUUUAGCUAGAAAUGAAAUUUUGUCAUACAAUUGCAUGCAGUCUUAGUGCCAUGGGUGUCCUGCAAUACUAACCUGUACAUGUUGCGCUAAUAUUUUUCGAUGCCAUGGCAGAUUUUGGCCAUAUUGGGGAAAACUGUGUGUAAAGUGGACAGAAUGUGUGACAAGCACCCCAACAGGGGUUUGCAAAAGCUGUCUUCAAAUCCAAUUGCAACUUGGUCUCUCUAUCUUGGUAAUUCUCUCACAACAUGAACAAAACAAUGAGAUUAAAGAAAUGGCGAGAUUCUGCAGGGGAAUCCUGGUCGACUUUCUUGGUACUGCAGUGAAACUUUUGCCAUGAAAAUGCUCCUUUGCAGGUAUUUUGGCUCGGCAGACUUUAUUGCCUGAAUGUGUAAGAAAAAGUUAGUGCUAUGUAUAGACAUGGGCCUCUGCUUAUCAGGUGCAAUACAGUAUCAUUAAUCAAAAAAUUAAUGUAAACUGUUUUGUAAAAAUUCUACAUGGCAUGUAAGUGAGAGGUUAAGGAAUCAUCUAUAUGCCCGCUGCAUUUUUUAUCAGUGCUGUAUAUAUAGUAUGAUGAUGUGUAUGAAAAUGCUUUGUGUAAAUGUACUGCAUUGAUGCAUACAUGCAUGUACAUGUACAUGUACCAAGUCUCUCAGCUUACUGUAUUUUUGAAGCAGCAGCUUUGAAAGACAAUUACUCAAUUAUGACAAGUCCAAUCCGUACCAUCAAAUAUAUAAGCUGUAUAUAUUUGCUAGUAGUUACAAAAUUUUGUAUCUGCAAAAGCCAAUGUCAUGUACAUAAUAUGCAAUUAUUGUAAUAUCCAAAUGAAAAACUUUUGUACAUUUCAUGUCUUCGACUUGAGUCUUGUAAUGCUGAUCUGACAACUUUGCAAUUUCAUACAUUUUUGUUAUAUGCUACAUGUAUAAUAUGGGAAGGGUGGUAUGGGUAUUUAAGCUGAAUUGUGUGUGUACUCUUGAAUCCUAUUAUACAAUUAUUACUCCUUCUUAUCAUGUUCUGAACUACAAGAAAAAAGAAGGAAAUUUUAUACUGUUAAGAUUUGGGUGGUCUUUGCAAGCUACAAUGUAUCUCUUCACAAAAUUUAAAAGCUCAGUUCUCUUUCUAAUUGCGUUAGAAACCGCGUACUUUUGUUAGAGAUAUGGACUUUCCAAUGAUGAAAGAAAAGUUGAAUAUGGCUAUUGGUUUGGGAGUCUGCACUUAAGAUCUACUCUCCAAGCAGAGGUUUUGGUUUUGGCUUAUUUUUGGCGUGUUUU